UAGCCGCUCAUGUCAAGAGCAGGUGAAGCAGAAAGUCGCGAUCGACGACGUAACAGUACGUGUUGAUUAUCAGUGCAUUUAAAAAAGAAGCUGUUUAUCUGAUUUGACCUAAUGAUGAGUUGACAGGAAAGGGGUGAUCGGGUUAUGGUGCAAUGAUGGAAAAGACACAGGAAGAGCAGCAGUCGUCCCCACAGAUGGCGGCACCUGAUGGGGGUUGGGGCUGGGUGGUGGUGGGGUCUCUUUUCAUGUCUUCUGCCCUGGUGUUUGGGCUCAUCCGCAGUCUGGGCGUCUUUUUUGUGGAGUUUGUGCAGUACUUUGGUGAGAGUGCCCAGGCGGUGUCCUGGAUAGCAUCCAUUGGCUUGGCCAUGCAACAGCUAAUGAGUCCAAUAGGUGCAGCCGCAUCUAAUGUGUAUGGAACUCGUCCAGUAGUUAUGAUGGGAGGAUUCCUUUCAGGCCUGGGAUUCAUUCUGGCUUCCCAGGCAACGUCUCUUGUACAUCUUUACCUGACCAUGGGAUUAAUUUCAGGUUUAGGCUGGGCGCUGGUCUUCACCCCUACAGUUGCAUCAGUAAUGCAGUACUUUACCGUGCGGAGAUCUCUAGCCAUGGGCCUGGGCUUCACAGGUGUCGGUCUUGCCUCUUUCGCCUUCUCCCCACUUUUUCAGUAUCUAGUAGAGGUCUAUGCUUGGCGUGGAGCUUUGCUUGUCCUCGGAGGCCUCAGCUUCAACAUGAUUGCUUGUGGAGCUCUCAUUCGGCCUCUAGGGAAACCAAAGGUUGUGUUGAAGACUGAAAACUUGACCAAGCUCAACAAAUGUUCUUCUUUAUUGUCCCGUAUCUUCGAGAGCUUUGAGCUCUCCCUGCUUUCACACAGAGGCUUCCUCACUUAUGCCGUGGCCAUCACCUUCUUCAAUGCCGGCUACUUCAUCCCUUACAUUCAUCUGGUCGCCCACAGCCGUCACAUUGGUUUCACUGAGUACCAGGCAGCCUUUGUAAUCUCUGUAACCGGUGUGGUAGACAUCAUGGGUCGCGUAGCCUCCGGCUGGUUCUCAGAUUUGGGUAAAAUACGGAUGCCGCACAUGCUGGUGGUGUGGACUGGGUUACUGGGGCUCUCACUGAUGAUCAUUCCUGUUGCUGUGGUUUACUCAGGACUUAUUGUUAUUAGUGUGGUCUAUGGGUUUUGCGCAGGAGCGAUGACACCGCUGGCCUUCGCGGUGGUACCUGAGAUCGUAGGCAUAGGCCGAGUGCUGGGAGCCCUUGGCCUGCUGCAGCUCAUAGAGAGUGUUGGAGGGCUGCUGGGAGCACCACUGUCUGGCUGGCUGAAGGACUGUACUGGGACAUACACAUUAUCUUUUAUUGCUGCUGGAAGUUUCCUAGUGUUAGGUAUGUUAGUUACAAUGACUCUUCCCUAUUUCUGGUCUUGUACGGCCCCUCCACCCCCAUCACCUUCAAAGAGGAUGUCUCAGGAUGGCUCCAUUGAAGAUGGACUACUCAAACAAACUCUAUCCUCAAAUUCUGUACCUGAGAGCCUGUGCCCUUUGGAUGAUACACCCUACUCGGAUAAGGAGUUAAAGGUCUGUUGGAAGAGUGAUGUUACAUGUCCAGUGCAAGAACGAGAUGAAAUACCACAGGAAAUGAUGCACCAUACUAAUUCAGGGGAAAUAUUAUGAUUGUGUGAUGUUAGAAAAUAAUUAGUGGUGGUCAUAGUAGUAGUUUUUUAGAAGGAUAUAGACGAGAUAUAGGCAACUAUUGGCACUGGAAUCACAAAUCAUGUUGCACUUUUGGUUUUAUACCGCAUUUUGCAGUAAAGGUUUUAGUGGGUAAUUUCAUAAGAAUAAGUUCAAUCCGAUGGAAAUUCUCAGGUUUUGAGAGAGUUUGAAAAGCAACAGUAGGUUUACAGCUCAAAUUUCCAGUUAGCCUACCUUGUGUAACGUUCAAAACAAAUGUGGAUUAUUUAAUCAUUCCUUAUAUAAAUGCAAGUAGACACACGUUUUUGGACAUGCACCAUGAAAUUAGUGCAAUUCAAAAGUUGUGUAGUAGGCCAAUAGCAGCAUAAAUCUUUAUCAUGACGUAAAUGCAAUAACGUAAUCAAGUUAUCAUUUAUCAAGACCAGCUUUUCUUUUUGAUUACAUAAUAACGACAAUACAGUUGCCAGUCAGAAACCACAGCAGCAGCUAUAUAGUGUUAUUUUAGUAUCACUUAAUUAUAGUUUUUAUGAAUAUUUUGAAUUCGUUUUUUAUAUUUUCAGUAUUUGCACCUGGAAAGCUGUCAAUUUGUAAAUUCUCAUUCUAAAAAAGCCAUUAUUCUGGGCACUGUUCAUUUCCAAUCUUUAUAGUUAUACAGAUAAUUUAAGAGAUACUUUAAAAAUAGCUCAAGUAUUUUUCUGUUCUGAAAUCAGUAU